AUAAUAUUCCAGCCUCUGCGACCACACAUAGCUAAGUUCUAAUAAUAUUCUCAGGCUGAUUACAAAUAAAAUGGCUAUAUUACGCAAACGGUAGGAAGAAAUCAAAAGCAAAGUCUAUUAUUGCUUCUCCAUCCAUUUUUGACGAAAUAUCCAAGGCAACGGCUUCCAACACCUUGCUUGCGAAACGAACAGUCUCCCUUGUGUAGUAAUAAUGUAUGAUGAUCAAACUCCGAAGACUAUCAGUAUAUCACUAAUACUACAGAAAUGUGAGUGAUAGGCUCAAAGCCUGAGUGAGCGAGUCAUCGAAUCGGCUCUGAGCUUCAGCUAGCGAGUCGCGCGAGUGGCUAUGAGCUUGAGCGUGCGCGUGAGCCUUUACGGAGCUGCGGAAGCCAUCAUCAUCGCGGGCAUUAUUGGGGGGCGGGACUGUGCAUGGGGAGGGAGUUCGCAGCCCUCCUCCACCCAAUUUUUUUCCUCUGCAAGGACGACUAUGUGGAGUUUGUGGUGUUCGUGGGUCUCUAUUGCUUGGCUCUAAGUCAAUAGCACGGGAACUAGUAUGUGGAGACAAAGUGUUGACUGACUCUGCGAUUAGAGGGGGCUUCCUCUGUCACUGUACGUGAUGACUACUUCAUGUAAUUAAGUGUACAGUCCAGUAAACACAGAAGACUUCGGUGAUUUCCAUUUGCCACUAUUCUUGGAAAUUUACCGGCUUCCAGAUGAAAAUGAGGCACAAUUUCCUUGGGAAUUCCUUAUGCGAGCAAAAAUCAUAUUUCUUUCUUUCUUGGCAGAUAUAAUCCUCAGUAAUGGCGGAGAUGGUUGGUUCUGCGGUUGCAGAGGAGACGGUGAAGCAGGUCUUUGCUGGUCUGAUUGGCAGGCAGGUAGGGAGACCAGCUGAUGAGAAGGAGCAGCACAUGGAGAGGCUGGAGAUGGCGAAGAUCAAGCUGGAGGCCGUGCUCGAGACAUCUCGCCAAUGGCACAUCAAGGGCGCGUCGUCCCUGCUGCGCUGGCGCAAGAAGCUGAAGCGCGCAGCUCGGGAGUGCGACGACGUGCUGCGUGAGUGCAAGAAGCGCGCUAUCGAUGAUGAAGUGAGAGAGCAGGAGGUGAAGAGCUCUUUCUUCCCCAGGCGACUGGCUCAUGCCACCAAAUCACUCGUCAAGGCUUUCUUCAACCGCGACGACAACCAUGAUGUCUUGAACAGCUACGCCGUUGAAAGAUUCGAGCGUCUCGCCGAUGGUGCCAGCGAGUUCCUGAGGUUCGUGGAGCUCGGUGGCACGCCUCGCAGGUACAUGAUGCUCCACCCUCUCAUCGGACGCCUUCUCGCCGGCCAAGAGCUACGGUACAGGCUCGUCAGGAGAAGCAAGUACCACCUAUUCUGUGUGCGUCCCGUUCGCUUCGAGGACCGGGGAAUGGAGGCCAAGCUCCUGUUUGUGUAUGAAGACGACGAGGCACCGGAGAAGAACCUGUGCCUAGGUUCUAUAUUGCGGCUCUCCGAGAGCAUGGACGUAGUUGGGACCAUCAUCAAGUGCUUAGAAAUGUUCUUCACUCCUCAGUUCAAGCCCACCGCUGAAUCCGCCCGCAAAGAAAUCUCUCAGCUGCCUACGCAGGACUUCUUGUGGGUUCCAUAUGUUGAGGCCAGUCACAAGGAACACUGGAACACCAUCCACAGCAACAUGACCCGGUGGUUUCGCCCCAACCCAAUGUGCUGCAAGCAGAAACGGCCCUCCUAUAGCAGCAGCAGCACAGUAGAACAGUCGUCAGAUGUCUCAGAUCUGGAACCUGUUAUCGAAGUGUCCCUACAGGGCCACAUCCCGCUGUCUGAUGAGUACAACAUGGAUAGAAGCAAAGCUGCUGAAGGUGAAAGUAGCUGCCUCAAGAACUCGCCGCAUCUGAAGCUUGGGCUCCUCUUCAGCCCCCAUGGCUCCUCCGAAGACCUGGAUCCCCAAGUUGAGAGCUCUGCGAUCGUGGUGAUCAACGGUACGGAGCAGAGUGGUGUGCACACGAACGUUAGCCUCGAGGAGCUCGACGAGUUGAUGCUUCCCAAGGCAAUCGAUUGUCUUCACCGGAAGGCUGAUACGACGGCGUAUCAGAUUUUCUGGAAGUCCAAGCAUGGCACUGCGUUCCUUCUGGUUGAGAAGACAUGCCUGACGAAGAUGCCACCGAGAUGCAUCAGCAGUGUUGGGGACAGAAGGUGGGCGAUCCAGCGACGCCGAGACCCUAAGCUGGAGAGAUGGAUACGGCUUAUCAAAGACUUCCUCAAUCUGUGGGUUCCACAUGCACCUCCUAGGCUUCAGAGGUCCUUCAUCGAAUGGAUUCAGAAGGCGAACGAAAUGCAACUGGCUGGUCUGACAAACUAGGCCAUGAUCAAAAUAAAUCAUGUUUAUGUCGCUGUUGUUUGAAAUUGAACUAACUUCAGAGUGAAGCUUCCCACGUCACCAUUGUGCCAACUAUGUGGAGUUGGUGGUAUUAGUGGACUUCAGUGCUUGAUGUGGAGACAGAGCGUUGUUGACCGACCCUGCGAUUUGAGGGGGCUUCCUGUCACUGUUGCGGUUCUUCCUAUGUCACUGCUGUUUCUUUUUGCUCUGCUUCCUGAAAUCUUCCCCUUUGCUUGUUCCCUCUCAAUUCAUUUCUUGAACUUCACCAAACCUGUUCAUCCAAGGAGCCCUUUUGUAGCCAAUUUUCUGGUGGUGAGUCGUUAAUUGAUCGAUGCUUUCUUGACCUGACCGAGCAUUGAUUUAUAUAUGUCCAAAACCAGGUUAAUUAAAAUCACUCUACUAAUCAAGUCGAUCGCCGCAAUCAGGAGCACCCCAAAACGAUGGCCGCCGCCUCGAUGCUCCGAAGCGCGGCUGCUGGCGCGCUCCGCCACCGCCCGGUCGUCGGCAGUAACGCCGCCACGUUUCCCCCGCUGCGAGGAGGGCUCCACCACCUCCACGGCGUCGUCGGCGCCGGCUCUUCUCCCCUGCCGCCACCGGCAGCGGCGGCGGCAAUGGCCAUGACGGCCAGUGCCAGUCGCCACCUCUCCACGACGAAGACGAAGCCAAACGCACCGGCGGAGGAGAGGAGGAAGCAGCAGGCGCUCCCGAAGGUGGAGGCCACCAAGGACGAGAUGCUGCGGGAGCUAGUGUGCUCGAGGACGACGGCGCCGCCGCCAGCGCUGGCAAGAGCAAGAUAGCCAAGGCGAAGCGUGCCAGGACAGUAAAGGAGCUGGCCGACUUCCUCCCCCGGCAGGUGCAGACCGACGCGGCGGCCGGCGGCGGCGGCGCGGUGGCGACGGCAGAGGAGAGGGACAGACACCUCCUGCUGGCGCUGCUGGUCAGGUCGGCCUGGGCCGAUCGGAGGAGAUGGAGAAGCUGAGGACGAGGGCGGCGAGGGCCGAGCAGGAGAUCGAAGAGAUGAGGUCUGAGGCGGAGAAGUUCGGCGAGCUCAUGGGGAGGCUGUUCGAUGUCCUUGGCCGUGGCAUGCGGGUCUUUGGGGCUCUCGCGCGCGACGUCGUGAUCAUAUCACUAGGUUACAUUCUUGUUAAAAAUGUGUAGUACAAAGUACUCCCCCCGUUUUCUUUUAAUAGUCCUAUUUCACUUUGGCACAAUGAGCAAGGAAAAAUAAUCUUACUUAUCAUCUA